AUGGCCCUCGACUCAACCACGGUGCCUGGAGCCUCGCCCACGAGCAAUCCGUCAAACACACAACCAGCCUCGGGCUCGCUCUCCCGCCAGACAUCUACCCCAGCUUCUCGACGAGCCUCUCAGAUAUCCCCCAUGGGUCCUCCACCGCUCCCUCUGGCAUCUCCAGGAGGCACGAUCCCGACAUCUUCGCACCCACACACCCACGCCUUUCCACCCCUCAGCCCAGGACCAACCAGCUACAUGCACCCAACCGCCGCCGACUCGGACACCUCGAGCGUCCCCAUACGCCACCCACGCCCCAUGACUGCCGCAGAACUGCACCUCGAACUCGAAAAAGAACAAGAAGCAGUCGUCAACCGCCUCACGCGCGAACUCUCCGCUCUCCGCGCCCACUCGGCCUCGGUCGCCUCGACAACCUCCUUAUCCAGCAGCGCCGCCGACUCGUCCAUCGCACACGUCGACGGCCUCGUCACCCCGGGCUCCAUGCACCCUACCUCGUCGCGCCGCCACCGCAGCUCGUCGAGCGUGUCGCGCGGCGCAAAUCAUACAGCUGCCGCGCACCGGUAUUCGGUUUCGUCGCAGCAGACGAGCGGUACGUCGAGGUAUGAGGAGGUUGCGGCGCAGAAGGCGGAGUUGGAGGAGGUGAAGAGGGAGAAUGAGGGGUUGAAGGAGAGGAUUAGGGAG